ACAGCACAGGACUUAAGGAGCUCCGAUCGCUCUGCUGCCACAUAGAAGAUGGUGGACGCUUUUACGUACGACUCAGCGCUCCAUGAGGCAUCUACGUAUUGAUGUCUAUGUUUCUCCCACCCAGCAGAAACGUCUCAGCUUCAGUUUCUGCUGCGAGAAGUUCAGUGGUGGAGAGUCGAAGCUCCUCAGGCAGGUCAGGUCAGCCAUGUUUCUACUCACAGAAACACGACCAGAUCUCGUGAGAAUACCAGAGUCCUGAUUUUAUCCUUUCUCCACGAUCAUCCAUCAGGCUCCAGGUUACCAAAUGCUUCUGACUGCUAUAGAAAUAUCAAUAACAUAUAGAUAUGUCAUGAUGUCUGGAUCUGUUGCAACGGUAGCAACUUUAGUUAGAGUAACUGAUUCUCAUAGAAAAUUCAGUGGAAGGAAAAACUAAUUUGCGUUACAGCUGGAGUUUGUUUUCUUAUUAAAAUGUACUUUAAAUUUUAAAUGAUGUUCUGUACAUUACAUCAAACAAAUACACUUCAAUGUAUCAGAUUACACUUAAAAAGGAGAAGAAGACAGGAAGGGGGAAGAAACUGAAACUGAACCAAAGAGAAACUGAAAGACUUCCAGGAAUCCUGGAGAAUUAUUGAUAACAGGACAGUCUGUCUGCUUAAAGGAAAAAGAAAAGACAGAAACUGAACUAAAACUGAUGUUCGGUUUGAACAUUCCCGACCAGCAGAUAAUGUUCAGACCGACUGGUGAAAAACAUCUUAUUUUUUUCCCUGCAGACGUCCAACAGCAACAUGUCUGCAAACAGGAGAUGGUUCUGAAACAGGAGGACUCUGGUCUGGAUCAGGAAGAACCAGAACCUCCGGAUAUUAAAGAGGAGCAGGACGAGCAGAACCAGACUCCUACGGACGAACCAGAAAAACCAAACAAGCGCCAACAGGACAUUUUCUUGGAUGCUCGGCUUAUAAAACAGGAGAAAUUUUCCAGACUGGACCAGGAGGAACCAAAACCUCCACAGAUCAAAGAGGAAGAGAAGAAUCCACGCCGCACUCAGGCCGAAAAGCAGCUUGAAAUGAACCAGGAGACCAAGGCUGUGAUUUUGACCUCUGCUAACGAAGAACAAGACCAAAGUGAAUCCGAACCAAACCGGAACCACCUCAGAAGAACCAGCAGCGAAGCAGACACCUCACCCGUCUCAGAGAGUCGGAGCAACACAGAAUCAGAUCAGAAACCUUUGCAGUGUUCCCACUGUGGGAAAACGUUUGUGUGUAGAGCCAAACUGACGGCUCACACACGAGUUCACACCGGAGAGAAGCCAUUUGUUUGUAAAAUGUGUGGAAAAAGAUUCAGAACCAAUGAUUGUUUAAAGCGACAUCUGCUAAUCCACACAGGUGAGAAACCUGUGAUUUGUGAGAUCUGUGGGAAAAGAUUCAGUCGGAGCUGCUACUUAUCAGUUCACACCAGAACCCACACCGGAGAGAAACCGUACGAGUGUGAGGUGUGUGGGAAAAGUUUCCCCAGCAACUCUGCCUUGCGCAGUCACACCAGUGUUCACACGGCGGAGAAGCCACAUGCGUGUGAAGAAUGUGGGAAAAGGUUCGGACGGAAGGGAACAUUGGACAAACACAGGAGAACCCACACUGGAGAGAAACCGUAUUUCUGUGAGACGUGUGGAAAACUUUUCAGAGAUAACUACACCUUAUCACAGCACAUAAAAAUCCACACUAAGUAAUGAACCGGAGCGGAGUUGCUAUGGUGACCACACGAGAAGUCGAGAAUAAUUCGUACUGCAGCAGAAUGGAGCGUUGCUAUGGACACUGAAUCCAGACAUAAAUAUUUUGUAAAUCAGAAUUCAUAGUUAAUAAGAUUUUGCAGGAUUGUAGAAUAAAAUGUAUGAACAUUUCA